AUGACGCUUUUCAGCGCACUUAGAAAGUUACCAGAUAUGGAAGUCGUCGGUCUCAAUUUCUCCAGUGCAACUACGCCAAAACUUAUUUUGAAGACUUUUGAACAGUACUGCGACUAUCGAAAGACACCCACUGGCGUUAUUCUAUCACCUAAAGCAAUAGGCCGAUGGAUUGUCGUAUUCUGCGACGAAAUCAAUCUUCCAGCUACAGACAAGUAUGGUGCUCAGCGCUUUGUCGGUGCUUGUAAUCCACCAACUGAUCCUGGACGAGUGCCACUUACUCACAGAUUCCUACGUCAUGCCCCAUUAGUUAUGGUUGAUUAUCCUGGUGAAAUAUCUCUCAAUCAGAUUUACGGCACAUUCUCGCGUGCUAUGUUGAAGGUUGUUCCACCGCUACGUGCAUACACUGAACCGCUCACAGCUGCUAUGGUUGAUAUGUCACAGAAAAAGUUUACACCAGACAUACAAGCACACUACAUAUACUCACCUCGUGAGUUGACGCGUUGGAUGAGAGGUAUCUUUGAAGCUAUUAAACCGAUGGAAUCUCUCUCAGUGGAGGGUCUUACUGAUGACGACAUCGAUUCUAUUGCCAUAAAGCACUUCCCCAACCUCCAUCCGACCAAGCUUUCUUCCAAAGGAUUGAGCAUGCCACCACUCCACCGACAUACUAUAGCUAAUGCAUUUGUUUUUGUGCACCAAUCCUUAUAUGAAAUCAAUGCUAAACUGAGCAAGCGACAAGAUACAGUAGAUAAAGUAGAAGAGCUCCGCAUCAGCUUGAAUAUCAAAGAAGGUGAAUUAAAAGCGAAAAACGCUGAAGUUGAGGAGAAAUUGAAGAUUAUGCUUAUCGAUCAACAGAAAACCGAGAUUAAAAAAGAAGAAGCCCGCAAACUUGAAGAAGUACUUUCGCAACAAAAAAUCGCGAUUGAAGAAAGGCGAACGGGGGAGAAAGAUCGGUGCUCUGUUGAGCUGUCGUGCGAAACAGAGAAGGGUAUUAAAACAUACAACUUGGACGAGUUACAAGAUUCGCGAGGCCGGGCUUUACUCAUUUCCAGGAAGGAUAUAGCAACUUCGGCUGUGAAGCUAUUCGAGAUAGUCCCGAGUACCGAGAGGAUCGUGAUGAUGGAUUUUGCUAAUCAAGAGACUUGGGAGGAAAUUCAGCGAACAGUAAAUUUGCAAGACACUGCUACAUUUCGUGAAUCCUCUGUUACCAGGAUUCAGACAAGAAAAACUACAAGGAAGUGCUAUGUAGUAUUGGGAAAGAAUUUUCCUUCUGCAAAAGCCCUUAUUACCCACAUAUACUAUACAAGAGGACUCUACUUAUCUAUGGUCACCAUGGCGAGAACAAGAAAUACACACGCAAGACGAAAUGGAAGAGGAAGUGCAAGAGACGAAGUGUUAGCACGAGAUUUGGCGACAGGAAUCUUUGAUAAGGAGGAUGUUUCCGACAGAAAGACUGAGCCUGAUAUAGUAGCCCAGUCGUUUCUGACAUUGUACGAACUGGAAAGCUGUUUGUAG